AUGGUUACAGUAACAAAUUUUCGUUAUACAACUUCACCGAUAAUUAUCAUUCUAGGUGCAACAGCUGUUGGAAAAACGAAAUUAUCCGUUUAUUUAUCUAAACGCUUUAAUGGAGAAAUAAUUAAUGCAGAUUCAAUGCAAAUAUAUGAAGGUCUAGAUAUUAUAACAGCUAAACCAACAAUUACAGAACAAGAUAAUGUUCCUCAUCAUUUAUUUAGUUAUGUAAAUCCUCUUGAUCGUUCACAUACUGUUGUGGAUUAUCGAAAUGAUGCUUUACCAAUUAUUGAAUCAGUGGUAUCUCGAUCUCAUCUAUCAUUUAUUGUCGGUGGUACGAAUUGUUGUAUUGAAUCUUUACUUUUUCAUUUUAAUCCACCGAAUCCAUCUCCCAAACAUUCACAUGAUAAACAAUUUACAUCAUUAUUAAACGAUUUAUCCGAAGAAAAUUUAUCAAAAUUAACUUCCGUCCAAUUACAUGAAUCAUUAUCGAAAAUUGAUAAACCAAUAGGUAUUCGAAGGCAUCCAAAUGAAGAACAAAGAAAGAACGUGAGCCGUGUACACACGUAUGCAUACAAUAACACUGACAGCGAUGAUAAAUUUAUUCAGAUUAUAUCUGAAAUUAUUGAAUUCUAUCGUGAUUCUGGUGGUAUUCCAUUAAGUUCAUUUGGUUUUCAUAGUCGUUUUCUGUUAAGGUUAACAUGUCAAAAAGAAGAAUUAAAAAAAUUUCAUGAUGAAUAUAAUCAAACAUGUACACAAGCAGAACAAUCAUAUAAUUAUACUCGUGGAAUAUUUCAAGCAAUUGGUUUUAAAGAAUUUCAUGAUUAUUUACUUUUAUCAAAUAUUGAACGAAAAAGUGAACAUGGUGAAAAAGUAUUUGCUAAUGUAACUCCUCAAAUUAUUUGA